AUGAUUGGUCACGCUAAAACCCCAAUUACGGUGGAGAAAAAACUAGGCAUAUCUAUUUGUUGGGCCAUUUGGAAAGCCCGUAAUGCAAAGGUCUUUGAGAACAAAAAUGCUAAUCUUCAGGGAGUUCUGACCACGGCUUUAUACUGGUAUAAUCUCUACUUUAAUUUCACUGAAGAAGAGGAAAUGCAAGCAGUAGGAGUCCAUCAGGUAAACUCAGAAACAGAUGCUAAUACAAUCUGGAAAGCUCCCGUUUUUCCCACUAUCAAAAUCAAUGUUGAUGCUGCUUGGAAAGAUGGUGAAUACACUUGUGCAGCUGUGGAAAGAGACAGUACUGGUUCUUGGUGUGGAGUUGGAGCUAAAGUGGACAGAACGGAUACAGUGGUCUAUGCUGAAGCUGAUGGUUUAAGCUAG